UUCCGAGCAUCAUCACACAAUGCAAGGAAUAGCAGCAGUAUGUUAGUGUAUAGAUAGCUGUCCCACCAUGCGUUGCAUUGUUUGACCAGACGCCUGGGCAGGAUUAACAGGGCUGAGAUUGAGCUGUCACACAAACAAGGACAGGAGGCUUGGUGUGGGGGGAUUAUUUCUCAGGCAGGGGUCUGUCCUCUCUGGAUAAUGCAUCAAAGCACCAAGCUCCGUUCUCUCAGCCUGAGCUGUCCGGCUCGUUCAGCAGAAGAAAUGGAUGCUGAACUAGGGGGUCACGAAAAUGGAAAGCCGGCACGUCCAUGUGGGUCUAAUAUAGGUAGGAGCAGAGGAAUCCGGACUCACCUGAGCUGCCUGUCGCAGAAGUCUGACUCUCUGAGUGAUUUCUCAGCACUGCAACAUGAUGGCAAAAACAAUCAAGGAUUAAAAAGACUGACAGCAGAGGAAGCCAGGAGAUGGGCUCGUUCUUUUGACUUGCUCCUGUCUCAUAAAUAUGGCCGCUCUGCGUUCCGUGCUUUCCUGCAGACAGAGUUCAGUGAGGAGAACCUAGAGUUCUGGAUAGCGUGUGAGGACUUCAGGAAGACCCGAUCGCUCAAUAAGCUGCCUGCCAAGGCACGACGUAUUUUCCAGGAAUUCAUUGAUGUCCAGGCUCCUAGAGAAGUGAAUAUUGAUUUCCCUACUCGUGAAAUGACAAGAAGAAACUUGCAGCACCCCACUCUGUCGUGUUUCGACCUUGCCCAGUUGAGGGUACACAGCUUAAUGGAGAGGGAUUCCUAUCCAAGGUUUCUUCGUUCUCAAAUCUACAACGACCUACUUAGUCAUACCCAGAAGAGUCCAUGCUAAUGCAACACUAGUAAUAAGUAUGAAGACGUUGCUAAAGUGACGCAAGGAGCUGCUUGCUCCCCCAAUAACUGCCUUGCACUAUGGUCAGGAAAUUGACCAGAUUAUCAUUGCUUGAGACAAUACAGCAUCAUCACUGCCUAUUUGACGCAUCCAGUCAUCCCCUGUUGUCUCCUAAAAAUCACGUGUAAGUCAUUCAGUAAUAGUACUGCCCUGAAAUCAAAUGGCAAAGAAGAGUGAAGGGCUGGCAAUAAAAAAGUCAUAUAGGAAGUAUACAGGAAUGUGGAAUGUGAAGUGAAAUUAGAGACAGGCAAGCGUCUGUAAACAUGUAAACAAUAAUUAAUUUUUAUUUUUUUUACAAAUUUUCUUGCUAUAGUUUAGCCCUAUUUUCUUUUUUGAGCAACGGAGCAUGCAUAUGAAUCAAAUCUUGAUAUGGUCUGGGUCACCAUGUUUCUAAGAAUGUUCCUCUUGUCGGAUAUGUUUAAAUAAAGGUUAGUAGAGAAAGGUUCUCUAGGUUAAGUUUACAUCCAGAGAU